UCACCGGAGAGCACUGCGAACAAGCAUGUGGUUUCAACAGCUUUGGUGUUUCGUGCGAGUUUCGAUGUUCAUCAUCAGUUGACGAAUCUGUCUCAUGCCGAGGUAGUCAAUUUUGCCUUCCAGACCCAUUUGGCUGCACCUGUAAUGCUGGAUUUAAGGGACUUCGAUGUGAAGCAGAUUGUGAUGCAGGUCAAUACGGUGCCGGGUGUCUUCAAUCGUGUCACUGCGCGUCGGGUCACUGUGACCGGUUUACAGGUCAAUGCCUCGGAUCACCAUCGGGUUGUUCUCGCGGUUGGUCAGGGGUGAAUUGUCAAGUUCCUGAUGUCUGUCCAAAGGGGUAUUUUGGAGCGGCGUGUCUUAGUAAGUGUUACUGUGACAACGGCGUGGCGUGUGAUAAGGUGAGCGGCAAAUGUCCUCAGAAACGAUGUGCUCCUGGGUUUGCUGUAUACGACGAUGGUCAACAUUGCUCAGGUUGUCGGCCUGGUACAUUCGGUAUUGGAUGCUCGCAUACCUGCCCUUGCCAUGCCGAUGCAUGCCAUCCGGAAACUGGAGAAUGUAGUGGGAGAUGUUUUGAUCGGUUCAUCAAGCCUACAUGUCAUGCAGGUAUCUCGAGCGUGACGACAACCAGAGUAAACACGGGACAGACAGCCUCCUUCAAUUGCACCAUUACAUCGUCCAUGUCACUCUCAUCGUCAUCGUCGUCGUUGGCAUCGUUUUCGAGAAGCCCAUCUGCCAUUCUUCCAUCGGCUUCUACCGUUGUGCUCUACCGCAUCUCCGGGGGUGAGAGCCAGGCCGGGGUGCUCCGGCUGGGUACCGUGGUAGAGCCUGGAAGCGAAACAGUCAUGUUUGGUGUGGACGGUAUAAGACCAGACGAGACGUUGAGAUGCGUUGUGAUGGGCGCCAAUGGAGAGGUUCUGGCGCGCAGAGAGGUUCCAGCAGACACGUACGUUCUACCUGUGAUGGCCAAUCCACCGAUAAUCACGGAGCAAACAGUUACCAGCAUCUCCCUGCGAUGGCAGCCGUGGAGCUCUACCGGACCGGACCAUACCGGAGACCCGCCUCUCGUUGCUUACGUCGUGCUCUACCGUCUGAACGGAAGAAACGAUUGGAUGAGGGGCGAUCGAAUACCGGCGAUCCGCACGUCGGCAACGCAGCGUGACCUUCAACCUCACACGUGGUAUGACGUCAGUGUGGUGGGUGUGAGGGAGGGGCUAGGAGGUGAAGGAUUGCCUAGCCCUUGGACGACUGUCCGGACUUUCUGCCAAGUGCCGAGUCGACCACCUACUGUGAUAGCAUCCAGCGAUACGAAGUUUCCAGGACAGAUCUUAGUCGCUUGGCAGACUCCUGAUCCAACCGUCAUACGAUGCCCAUCUGGUCUGGUGGGAUUCAAUAUUUAUUAUCGAGAGAUAGACUCGGCCCACAGCGAAACGGGGACGCUGCGACUAUUCACUCCUACAGUCACCAACCAAGUAGUGACUGGACUACACGUCUACACCAAAUACCUCGUCAGUAUAAGUUUAUUAAAUGAAGCGGGAGAAGGGGAAAGAAGCGAAGAAGUCAUGGUUUUCUCUCCGCAAGAAAUUCCACCUCCUCCUAUUCAUCUGACUGUUGAACAGCCAACCAAAGAGAGCGCUCUGAUUUCCUGGGAAACUCCUUCGCCAUCAAAUAUCAACGGGAAAAUAAGAUUUUUUGAGCUCCAAUACAAGUUUUGGGCUGAUCACAACGAUGAUCUUGCUGAAUCACACUCCAUUCAAAUCAACAAUACAUCGUUAGAGAUGAAGUAUGAGCUGAAAGGUCUUGUAGCUAACCUUUCGUAUUCCUUCAAGGUUCGGACGGUGAACGAUGUAGCUCCUGGUGACUGGUGUGAUCCAAUUAUUGUGUCAACUCAAGAGGAACCACCAGCUCUCCUCGCUCAUGGUCGGAGUAGUAUCCACGGACCGAAAGUUGGCCUGAGCAUUAUGGGCGUGUUCGUUGGGCUCCUCCUAUUGGCUGGUCUAUUUGUGGGCGUGGUCAGAUUUCGAAAAUUUCGAAAGAGGAUGCGUGCGCAGAAGAACAAUGAGUUAUCGACGCUGAGGGACACCGUGGCUUUCUCUCGUCGGUCAGUGCGCGUCAGUGAUCUCAAAGGAAACGGGAACGGAAAGAAACUUAUGGAUGACGUGUAUAUGACGCCUAUUGCUACCGCCAGCUUGACGAAAUCAAGCCGCAAGCCAAAACCGAAAGGAGAAGACGAACAUAAAUACGAAUACAUCGACCCAAUGCGGUUUCCGGUUAUGCGAUUCGCCAUACUCGCCAACGAAAACGAAACGAUUAUCCACAGCUAUCGUUAA